CCUCAGCCCCACCCCCUGGAGCACGUGGCACUGGGAGCUAGCUCCCAUUGGCCCGGCUCCGUCUCGGAGGCGGGGCUAGCAGCAGUGAACCGGCAGCAGGCCUGUGCCGGCUCAGUCCUUCCCUGACCGAGCAGAAGGAAGGACGUGCUGCUGCUCGGCUUCGGGGCCUCCACGUGGCUGGCUGGGUACCCGAAUCGGAAGCCGGAGCAGGAGGCCCACGGGAGCGGAACAUCGGGGAGCAGUGCAGCGGCCCUUCGAGCGAGCAGCGGAUUGGAGCGGCUGGGCGGCCAGGGCCUCUGUAGCCCGGCCGCCUGUGGUAACGGGCUCUGGGGGGAUCACAGGAGAGGCUUUUAAGUCCUCCUCGGAACGGCCUUUGAUCUUCGGGCCUCUCCACACAAGGGCUUCUAGGCCCCGGCAGGCCCAAGCUGCCCAGCAUCGAGUGAGGGCAGCAGGCCGCCCCAGGCCCUCAGUAGGCCGCACCAGGCCUUCAGCGGGGGGGCAAUUGACUAACCCGGUCAUCUGGGGGAGGGUUGAUUGGACGUUGGGGGUGUUGGCUUGAACUGUGUGAACCCCUUCAACCCAGGGCCCAUUUAGGCCUUCUGCUAAGGGCGGCCUUUGCCUUUAUUGUCGGGCCUGUAGGGCCUAACCCCCCCCCCACACACCCAUUUUGGGGGCCUGCAUUGACUAGGCCUCCCUGGUGGGCUCGUGGGCCUCCCCUGCCGGGCCUAAGCUUCAUUUGGGGGCCUUUCAGUGGGGCUGGGCCUUACCACGGCUAGGUGGGGCAGGCGCUGUGACUCAUAGGCCUUCCUUGCCAGCGUAGGCCUCAGUCAGCCUUGCGCCGGCCAGGUCACUUGUUUACGCACUUGAGGGCAGGGUACAGGCCCAUAAGCUUCAUCCUUUGGGACAUGGGCCCUAAGAAAGCCCCAGUUAAGAAAGCCCCAGUUAAAAAGGGUGGGAAGGCUCCAGCCAAGAAGGGUGGCAAGCCAACGCGGCCACCUAAGAGGCCAAACGCACCCGCCGAAUCCUCCUCCGACGAUGAGGGCGAUUUGGAACUGGGUGCCAUCAGGGCGUUUAUAGCACGGCUGCAGGCCCUUGAGAGGCAGCGCACCACUCUAGAGGGCGACGAGGCGGGCGGGGGGCCUUCGGGGGUGCCCCCACAUGCAAAAAAGUCAAACAGGGCGGAAAAGAAGGCAAAACUAAUGCAGGGCUUUGCUGACCGUCUAGCAGCUUUGGAGGCGGCGGCGGGAACUGCCCACGAGGAACCAGCGGGGAUCACGACACAACCGGCGGACUCAGGACCAGGAGACGGCAGGGACGACAAUGGUGAGUCCCCACAGGGGGCCUGGCCGUGGGGACUGCCCUUUAGCACCCCCUACGGACCAUACGGGUGGUUCCCAGGGCCAGUUAACUGGGCAUCUCCACACGCCACCUGUAAUCAGGUCUGGCAAGGGGGGAGCGCUGCUUUGCCCACCCAGGGGCCAACGGCACAGUUCAGCUCUGCUUGGCAUACUGGGGAUGGGCCCGUACCCUUGGGGGACCACCUCCUUCCAGCAGUUAAGGAACGGAUUUGGAAAGGAGAGUGCAUUGACGUGUUCCAAUUGCUCUUCAAGGAGCCGGAGCCACUGGAGAAGGAGGGGUCCCAGGGGAAGGACAAGGAGAGGACAAAGCGGAAGCCCAUUGAGCAUAAUUGGGCAAAUUGGGUUUCGGGGUACACAAUCUACAUGGGUGUUCUGAUGCAGAAAUAUCCAGAGCGGGGCCCCGCUCUUGUUAAGUAUUUUGAUAUUAUACACAGAGCCUUCAUGGACUUUGCUGGUAAUGCCUGGGAGCGCUACGACCAAGCGUUCCGCGAGCGCGCCUCCAGCAAUGCGGGUAUAUCCUGGGAAAGGCAGCACCCCGAGUUAUGGCUUCAGAUUAUGACACCCGCGAGGCCCUUGGUUGGCGAGCGCGCCGACAGCGGGCACCUCAUUUCCAAAACACCGGCAGCGUCAGCGGCUUCGGCCUCAGGCGCACAGGGGGUUCAAGGUCCCCUGGUGUGCUGGGAAUUUAACAAGAACGGGAAGUGUGCCCGCUCCCCGUGCAAGUACCGGCAUGACUGUGGCUUCUGCGGUGGGCGGCACGCCAGUAUCUACUGCCAGCGGGCCAAAGCCCUUAGGGGAAAAGGGGGAUACCAAGGCCCGGGAGGGGCAAAGGGCCCAGCAGCCACGGCUGGAAAAGGGCCCCAGCCCAAUUAAAAUCCCGGUGCUCCGGAGGCUGCUGCGUGACUACCCCAACAGGGAGCGCGCACGCUAUAUUGAGGACGGUUUUGUGAAGGGGUUUAGGAUUCCGUGCCAAUCCAGGCGGGUCCAUAGUUUUGCACGCAACCUAAAAUCGGUUAGGGGGAUGGAACACAUAGUAGCGAAAAAGAUAGCCAAGGAGGUGUCUCUGGGGAGGGUGCUGGGCCCCUUUGACAGGCUGCCACUGCCAACAUUGAGGGUAUCCCCUUUGGGCGUGGUCCCUAAGAAGGCGCCGGGAGAGUAUAGGCUUAUCCACCACCUGUCCUACCCAAGGGGCGACUCGGUUAACGAUGGGAUACCGGCGGACCUUUGCUCAGUACGGUAUACAUCGUUUGAUGAGGCUGUGGCCAUGAUCAGGGGCUGCGGGCCUCGGGCACUGAUGGCGAAGUGCGACAUUGAAUCCGCCUUCCGCCUCCUGCCCGUGCACCCUGAUGACUUUGACCUUUUGGGCUUCGCAUUUAAAGGGGGAUUUUACAUCGACAGAGCCCUCCCCAUGGGAUGCUCGGUCUCCUGUGCGGCCUUUGAGGCUUUCAGCUCUAUGCUGGAAUGGGCACUGCGCCGGAGGGCAGGGCUACGCUCCUCCGCUCACUAUUUAGAUGACUUUAUUUUCGGAGGAAGGGAGGGCUCUGGCCAAUGCCUACACUUACUGCACUCAUUCAGGGCACUCUGCGGGGAUCUGGGGGUGCCACUGGCUAAGGACAAGACAGAGGGCCCGACCACGAAGCUUACAUUUCUGGGGAUAGAGCUGGACACGGUGGGACAGCUCUCACGCCUCCCCGGGGACAAGCUCAGCAUCAUGAGGGAAUUGCUCAGGGAAUGCAGAGAGGCUAGGAAGGUAACGCUACACAAAUUGCAAUCGCUGGUUGGCCACCUGAACUUCGCUUGCAGGGUGGUGGCUCCAGGCCGCCCCUUUCUAAGGCGCCUGUGUGACGCCAUGGUGGGGUGUAAUCGACCCCAUUUCCUCAUUAGGGUGUCUACCGCCAUGAGGGAGGAUAUGGGGCUCUGGCUCAGGUUCCUGGAGUCCUUUAAUGGGGUGUCAUUCUGGCGUUCUUCCCAGCUGCUCGAGGCCGACUUCCAGGUUCAGUCAGACGCCGCGGGCGGCCUUGGGUUCGGCCUGUACCUGAGAGGGCGCUGGUGCGCGGAACGAUGGCCGGGCAGCUGGUCGGAACGGGGAAUCACAAGGGAUCUCACCUUCCUCGAACUCUUCCCCAUUGUGGUGGCGGUGCACAUUUGGGCCGAGUCCUUCAAGGACUCGGUCGUGCGUUUCUGGUGCGAUAAUUUGGCCGUGGUUCAGAUUAUUAAUAGCCAGACUUCCAAAUCACAGAGGGUGAUGGGGCUGGUGCGGGCCCUGGUUCUAACAUGCCUUCGCCAUAACACGCUCUUCACCGCCCAGCAUGUUCCAGGGGUGCAGAACGAGGUGGCAGAUGCCCUGUCUCGCUUCCAGAUGCAGCGCUUCCGGAAGCUGGCACCUGGAGCCGCCAAGGAGCCCGAGCAGGGCCUCAGUCGGCUGGGCCGAGGGCGGCCGGGCAGCGCGCAAGAGUCCUCAUACUGGGCCAUUCCUUCAUUUUCUGGGCACGCAAGUGGGCGCAGAGCGCCGACCCUGGAACCCAGCUUGGUUUGGGGCGUUGGGCCACUGUGGAGUGGCUUGGCCGGCGGGGCAUGCGGAGGGCCCAGUUCCUGCCGAUGCUGCACGAGUUCCUGGAAGGGAAUCCUGUCCCGGAUGUCCUGCUGCUGCAUUUUGGAGGCAACGACCUGGUGGACCAGUCUGGCAUUUCGCUCUCAAGACAGAUUGCCCAGGACCUGGUGGUCGCCCUCUCCUGGUGCCCGGGGCUGGUGGUCAUCUGGUCUGACAUCACUCAGCGGCGAGUCUGGAGGGGGGCGGUGAAGCAGAACAAGGUAGAUAGGGCUAGGCGCGGGGUGAACGCGGCCAUGGCGCGCUUCAUCGCCUCAAAGGGGGGUGGGUGCAUCCCACACAACGACAUCGCGUUCUCGCUCCCCCAGUUAUUCAGGGGUGAUGGGGUGCACUUGUCCCCCCUUGGUAUGAGGUAUUUCUUAGACGAUCUGCGGCUGGGGUUGGCAACAGUGCUGUUAGGCCUGUGGGGUGGCGGGGCGUCAAGCUAGGCUGACGCCCGCUGUGGCGGGCACAGUGCGGAGGUGAGCGGCUGAUGCGGUGCGGCACCUUAGGUAAGCUUUAGCUGUAAGGUGGAGGGGCAGAUCCCUUGAGGCUUUACAGAUCAGGGAUGCUGCCUUGCUCCCACCUCCCUGCAACUGACACCCUUCCGUAUGGCUUUACAGCGUCGGACAGGUGAUGUAAAUUGCAGGGUCCUGACCUUAGGUCGGCAACGAAGGGCGCCCCCUUCUGGAAGGUGGGCCGCCUGGAGCCGAGGUGUCUGUGCCAUGAGAUUCUAGGGCGGGGGUGGCCACGUGGUGCCCCCCCCAUCCGAGCCCGCACUGUUGCUGCUCUGAAUGCCAACCCCAGCUGCCGUGCCUGUGCAGGCACUGUCUUAAAACCUUGUACCCCUAAUAAAGUGACCAGUUCCUCCAUAAUACUUCUGUGUCCGUGUCUCCUUGGGUCUGGGUGCAAGCCAGCCGAUCGCAGCCGCUCUAGGCUGCGCGGCUUGUUUGCCCUCAGCCCCACCCCCUGGAGCACGUGGCACUGGGAGCUAGCUCCCAUUGGCCCGGCUCCGUCUCGGAGGCGGGGCUAGCAGCAGUGAACCGGCAGCAGGCCUGUGCCGGCUCAGUCCUUCCCUGACCGAGCACCCUCCCUCCCUCCCUCUGGCAUAGGUUGGGCUUUGCUGGUCGCCGUUUGGGGCCGGGCAGGAAUUUUUUGGGUAUACGCUUGAUUGGCCUUAGCGUGCACCUUUUUUCGCCUGCCUCAACCUAUACCAGUUAGUAGCAAGGUUGCUUAGCGGGAUUGAUUAGUUAGCCAGGGAAUAGCUUGUGGUCACUUUUACCACGGGGUUAGCGGGCACAGUGCGGAGGUGAGCGGCUGAUGCGGUGCGGCACCUUAGGUAAGCUUUAGCUGUAAGGUGGAGGGGCAGAUCCCUUGAGGCUUUACAGAUCAGGGAUGCUGCCUUGCUCCCACCUCCCUGCAACCGACACCCUUCCGUAUGGCUUUACAGCGUCGGACAGGUGAUGUAAAUUGCAGGGUCCUGACCUUAGGUCGGCAACGAAGGGCGCCCCCUUCUGGAAGGUGGGCCGCCUGGAGCCGAGGUGUCUGUGCCAUGAGAUUCUAGGGCGGGGGUGGCCACGUGGUGCCCCCCCCAUCCGAGCCCGCACUGUUGCUGCUCUGAAUGCCAACCCCAGCUGCCGUGCCUGUGCAGGCACUGUCUUAAAACCUUGUACCCCUAAUAAAGUGACCAGUUCCUCCAUAAUA